UCAUUAAACAUUGAAAUCAACAAUGGUUGAUGAAUCGUUUACAUUGCAGAUGGAAGGAAGGUAAUAUACUCCAAGAUACGAUCGGCCUACGCUACCUACAGAACCAUCAGGAUGUGCAUUAACAUUGGUUCCGCAGUGUGGUCGGGCUAAAGUGUACAAGAUCAAUUUGGGACAAACUUUCCAUGGAAAAGGACUGAAGAAUUUCACAGGACACAGAAAAUUUUGAAUAGUUUAAAGACCAUUAAAUAUGUGGCUAAAGAUUGCGAAAGGGAUUGUGGCAAUUUUCGUAAUCAUGAAAGUGAUUGAGAAUCCUGUUGAGGCAUAUGCAUUGUUCGUAUCAGUGGUUAGUAACAUCAUCAACUACUCGUCCACAAUCUUAUCUAUAUUCAGCAAUGUGGCUUACACUAUCCACAUGAUUUUGGAUGUACUUAUGUAUGUCGCAACGGACAUGUUUAGAAUAAUUGUCAUUGUUUUUGCGUAUGCAGUGGACUUACUAGUUCAGGGAUGUAUUCAGGUGCUCAGCUUUGUUGGCGCAAUGUACGAAGUAUUCAUCGUCCUUUGUGAGCACACAGAAGAAAGAAUAAGGUCAUUUAACAUGGCAUCCUUGAGUAGAAAUUGGUAUUCAGAAAAUAAGAUAAAAGAAGCUCUAGUGAGCAUAAAUAAUUUGUAUUAUGUAGUAGCCAGUCUUUUCAUUGCUAUUGUAAUUCAUUGUUUUUUCCCAUAUGUCCCACUAUUUGUAUUCAAUUUAAUAUUACGUGUAUGCUCUUGUUUUUGGUGUCUGAUUUACAGUGUAAUUUUCAUAAAGAUUCCAGAUUUGAUAAAAACUAUUGUGAGUAGAAGCAGUAGACAUUGUAGAAGUCAUAGCUCUGUACAAAGUGGUGACUCCGCAGAGGAAGUAAACAGACAGAAUCUUCAGCGGAUUGUAAGGAUAGGCAGUGAGGAUUCUGGCCCGGUCGAGAGACAUCCCUCUGUAGAGGAAGCAAGCAGACAAAAUCUUCAGUGGAUUAUUAGGAGUGGCAGUGUUGAUUUAGAUGCCGAUGAUAGUGUGCAUACAGACAAUGAUUCAGCCUUUAAUAGCUGUCCGCAAUCUUGCAACAGAGUGACACAUAGUGGUGCAGAAUGUCAGGUGUUGCCUGCUGCCUCAGCUUCAGUGAUUACAGACUCACCAGCUAUGGAUGGUGACACGGAAAGUUCACAAGAAGAUCCUGAUCGCUUCUUAUGUGUUAUCUGUCAAGACGGGGAGAAAACUGUACUUUUCUUGCCUUGUAGACAUCUCUGUGUUUGCGAAGAAUGUGGCACAAAGGCAUUAGCCCAGAAGUGCCCAAUGUGCCGGGAAUAUGUUCAUCGUAUCAUCCACGUAUACUUGUGAGAGGCGUUAAUUCAUCCUCGCCAGUCGAGCUGGUCUUCCUGCAAAGUUAACUUUAUCCAUUUGCUUACACAUGGAAGGAAAACAGUACUACGUAGCUUUCAGUAUUAUUUUCUGUUGAACUUGGGUUUAAUAAUACACUCCCAUAACAAUUAUACAUUUGCAGUAUUCAGCAGAAACAAAUACUGUGUGUGAAAUCUUGCUGGUGGAUGUUUAUUGGUAUUGACAGCUGUAGUACCCUUCGGUUGCUCAUACAAUUUUAUGUAAGAAAUGCUAGACAUUCAUUUGAUUUGGGUUGAGUUUAUUUCUUAGUGUUCAUUGUUGCUGUUGUUGUUGUUGUGUGUGUGUGUGUGUGCGUGCGUGCGUGCGUGCGUGCGUGCGUGCGUGUGUUGUUAGAGUUCCCUGUGAAACCAUGAUAAUUAAGAUACCAGCUGAGCAAGCUAGUUUUUUCUCAUGUGUAUAAUUUUAUGUGACACAUAAUGAAGUACAUUGUACACCAAAAUUAUUAUUGGAAAGUAUGACACGCUUAGCCAAGUAUUGCAAAUGCAUGGAUAUAUUUUUCAUGUGCAGAGUUUUUGUAAUAUAUAUUUAAAGUAAUUUUAACAACUGGUUAGAAAUAACGAUAUAAUGAAUUCACGAAAUUAUAAUGCAGCUGGCUGCAUUAAUAUUGUUGGUUUAUUCAAUGUACUAGUAGCCUUGAUAUUUUCGACUGUGUAUGGUAAUAACACAUCGGAGCUAAUUUGGUGGCAAAGAAAAACGGUUGUAAAAAAUGCACUCAUAAUUUGUUUUACUGUUGAAAGAUUUGAGUAUAGAGGUCAAGAUCAUGCAGUAAUAUCAUUAUGGGAAUGUAUAUAAAUUAUAUAAAUUAUAAUAUGUGAUUAUAUAAUCGUUAAUAAAAAAUGUAAUUUUUAUGGAUUUUUAAUCAUUUUUGUCAUUAUUGUAAUCUAAAUUAAGCAAUCUGAAUUUGCUUGAUUCUUAACAUAUCAAAUCUUAUAACAUAUCAUUCUUAUUGUAAUCCAGAUUCUGUUCAUUUCACUGUGACUUAGACUAUCGUGGGAAGCAAUAUAGAGUAAUAGUAAUUAGU